AUUAUUCCUGCCUGAGGCAGUUUGAGCUGCAGAGAGCCCUUAUCAGUAAAAGUGAUAGUAGCUCUUAGUUUGCUCAGCAAGCCUCUUCCCAAGACGGGUAGAAAGCACUCCAGCUUGCACAAGAACUGUCGUAUAAUCUCGGCCUCCCAUUGAGCAGUGGGAACUAUGAGUGAGCAUGUGAGAACAAGACCCCAAUCCUCAGAAAGAGGAAAUGACGAAGAGUCUUCCCAGCUGGUUGGACCUGCGAUUGUCCAGCAGCCCACUGAGGAAAAACGUCAAGUGGAGCCGCCAACUGAAAAUCAGGGUGAGGAGAUCAAAAGUAAAGGAGCACCUGCUGUUCAAGAGCUUGAUAUGGAAGCUCUUCAACAGGAGCUAGCUCUGCUUAAGAUAGAGGAUGAGCCUGGAGAUGGUCCAGAUGUCAGAGAGGGGUUUCUGCCCACUUUUGAUCUCACUACUGUGUUGGAAGAAGGUGAAGGGCAAUCCGAGGUUUAAACCAAGACAAAUGAGGACUGAAACCAAGAAUGUUGCUCUUAUGCUGGAAAUUUUACUGCUGACAUUCUUUUAAUAAAAUUUUACAUUUUCCUGCAAAGAAUUCUUGCACAGUUUUGU